UUGUUACCAAUCACCCAUUUUGUAAGUUUUUUUUUUUGGCUAUACGAAUGUCAUACAUAAGGAUUAAUCAAACUGAAAACUGAUCUUCAGCUUCAGUUUUUGUUCUAAUCAAACUGUGGCUCAUAUUGUUUCAAAGAGAUCACAUACUUAGACGGGUCAAACACAUCGAACUUCCGUAAUUUUUUAUAGAAAUUUAAUUAGUAACAAAAAGCUAAUAAUCCUUUUGAAUUAACAAACCAAUGGCCAGCUACUGUAAUGUUGUCAUGUGUAGGUGGGUACUAAUAUGUACUUCUUUUAUUACAUGAUAGAAGCUGAUUUUCAUUUUCAUAUAAAUUUAAUAUACAAAAUAAUAUUAGUAACACAUUUUAACUUUUCAUUUAUAUGACUUCCAUUGAAAUCAUAGUCUCUGCAUUCGUUGUAAAAGCUUGUCAGCAUUUACGCAAGACAAUACACACUCGCACAGUCACACGCAGAGAUGAAAACUAAUUAAAUCUCUUACUCUAACACAAAGUUAAUGUACCCAUUAAGAAGUUCAUAACUCACCACCCACGUAUUAUAUGGCUUAGAUUCUCGACCCAUAUUGACUAUACAUAAAAAAAAUUCGUAUCCAUCUCUAUUAUUUUGGGUUUUGACGUUUAAUAAGCAUCCAUCUCUUAUUGUGUGCACUCUUGGCAAAAUUAAUAAGAUUACAUAACCAAAAAACCCGGAAUCACAUUACCGAAUAUUCACCACUCCCUACCUACUACUAGCAUAACAAGACAUGUAUCAAAUUGGUUACGUUUCUUUUACAAACGUAAAUAUUUUUAAACAUAUCAAGGAUUCGUCUUGUAACGCGACGGGCCGACUUUAUGUUUUUUAUUCUCUCAGAAUAGAGAUCCUUGUGAUGCUUUGUAGAGCCAUAUAUAUACAUGUAUUCAGAUCUGCAAGUAUUGAUCAUUCUCUCUAAACAAAAGUAAAUCUCAAUUAAAAGGUGGAUUAUUUUUUUCUUCCUUCAUCACCGCCAAUGAUUAAGAAGCUAAGCAACAUGGAUUACAAGCAGAAACAGGAGAGAUGUGGGCAAUACAUCGAAGCUCUUGAAGAAGAACGACGCAAGAUUCAUGUCUUCCAACGUGAACUUCCUCUUUGCUUAGACCUCGUAACCCAAGCAAUUGAGGCAUGCAAGAGGGAGUUGCCGGGUACGGCCACAGAGAAUAUGUACGGACAAUCAGAGUGCUCCGAGCAAACGACCGGAGAAUGUAGACCUGUCUUGGAGCAAUUUCUAACCAUUAAAGACUCAUCAACCUCCAAUGAAGAAGAAGAAUUAGACGAUGAGCACGGAAAUCAUGAUCCGGACAAUGAUUCUGAGGACAAGAACAUGAAAUCUGAUUGGCUUAAAUCUGUACAGCUCUGGAACCAACCUGACCCUCUUCUCCCAAAAGAGGAAAGAACGCAAGAGAAGAUGGUGGACACGGUGGUGAAGAAAGAUGAAAGUAUGAAGAAAGAGGCGAUGGCUAACGGUGGAGAAAGAAGGAAGAGAGAGGCGGAGAAAGAUGGAGGAAGAAAGCAGCGAAGGUGUUGGUCUUCGCAGUUGCAUAGGCGCUUCUUAAACGCUCUGCAACACUUAGGUGGACCUCAUGUUGCUACGCCGAAGCAAAUCAAGGAGUUAAUGAAGGUUGAUGGAUUAACUAAUGAUGAAGUCAAAAGCCAUUUACAGAAAUAUAGACUGCAUACAAGAAGACCAAGCCAAACAGUCCCUAACAACGGAAACUCUCAAACGCAACAUCUCGUAGUCGUCGAGGGCAUAUGGGUUCCAAAAUCUGACCACUCUACAGGCAGGACCACCGGAGGAGCCACCACUAGUGGCACCACCACCCGGUCCACCACCGGGAUAUAUGAAGCAAUGGCCGCACCACCACUGCCACAGUGGCCGAGCCAUUCCAAUUUUAGACCGUCCAUUAUCGUGGAAGAAAAAGGAUCGGGAAGCCCAAGCGAAGAGGUGGUGGUCCGAUGUAGCUCGCCAGCGAUGUCUUCUUCUACCCGCAACCAUUACGUCAAGAAUAUUUAGUUUUUUUCUUUUCCUAUUCUCUCUAAUGUUUUGGUUCAUUUUAUUAUAUACUAUUUUGGUUUCUUCGAGUUAAAAUUUGACACCGUGAGGAAAAAGAGUGUAUAGAGGUUUGCACCGAAAGCAAUACUAUAUAUUUUACUCAGGAAUAGUGCCAUUUUAAUUUUCUAGUUGAUUCGAAUCUUUCUUGUUCAAUUCUUUUUCCAAUUUUGUUGACUUGUUAUAUUUUUAUUUUCAUUAAAUUAUACACAGUUUGAUAAAUAUGUGGAAACGAAAUUGUUUUGUUGUGUUGUUGUUAUUACCAAAAUUUUAGUAUGGCGUGUUAAUGGCAAUGUUUCUUUUAGUAAGUAAAUAUUAUUGUGGCUGCUGCUUGUUUUCGUUAACGCAAAAUUUACGGCACUAGUUAAAUUAUAUAAAUGAUCCAGAGUACAUGCUCAUAUUAAUAUUUUGUGUAGUACUCCCUCCGUUCCUAAAAAAUCUAUGUUAUAGUUUUUUCACACUUAUUAAGAAAACAUUUAAAAUUGUAUUUUCCAAUACAUUGUUUUCCUUAAUUAGCUAUUUUCAAUAACUUUUAACCAAUGAAAUUUUAUUAAACACAAUUGUAUUUUUUGAAAAGUACAAUUUUUCAUUAAUUAAUGUCUUGAAAAUG